GCGCGUGGGGGGAGCUGAUAUUGUUCUUCGUGUGUAGAGCUGGAUAACGAGCACGGCGUUUCCUCAAGUCAAUACUAUUAUGGUGUAGGAGUCUGGGAAAUACUAUUUGGAAUCACUGUCAGGGACAAAGCUUCUUAUUUGCGUAAACUGGCCGCGUACAAAGAUGCUGAAACCCGGUGACCCCAGCGGAUCUGCCUUCCUAAAAGUGGACCCGACCUACAUCCAGCACUGGCAACAGCUUUUCCCCCAGAACCAAAUAAAGAACGGAGCCCUGGCUCAGCUCCAGCCGCCGGAGAGAGCGACCAUCUCGGUUGAAAGUCUUCGUCAGCGCCCUAACCUGAUCUCCUCCACGUCGUCUUCGUCAGCUUUAACGCCGUCCUCGACCUCUUCCAUCUCAUCGGUUUCCUCGCUGGCGGGUUUAACUCAACUAUCCGUGCCGCAAAUUGCACUUUUUGGACAAGCACUGUGCACCGAAAUCCCCACAUCAGACAGUGUUAACCCUCAACAAGCGAAAGAACUUUGUUUGUCGUCCAACUGUAAAAAUGACAGAGGAUCGAGGUUUAAAUUUACCUCUGAGGAGUUAGACUACUACCUCUACGGACAGCAGAGAAUGGAAAUAAUUCCACUGAACAAUCACACCGGCGACCCCAAUAAUCGGUGUGACAUGUGUGCGGAUAACCGAAACGGGGAGUGUCCCAUGCACGGCCCCCUGCACUCCCUGCGCCGGCUGGUGGGCACCAGCAGCGCCUCGGCCGCCGUCCCCCCACCGGACGUCCCGGACUGGCUGCGGGACCUGCCCCGGGAGGUGUGCCUGUGCACCAGCACGGUGCCGGGCCUGGGGUACGGAAUCUGCGCCGCCCAGCGCGUCCCCCAGGGCACCUGGAUCGGGCCCUUCCAGGGCGUCCCGCUGCCGCUGGACAAGGUGCACGCGGGGGCCGCCCGGAACACCCGCCACCUGUGGGAGAUCUACGACCAGGAAGGAACGUUACAGCACUUUAUCGACGGCAACGAGCCGAGCAAGUCGAGCUGGAUGAGAUACAUCCGCUGCGCUCGGCAUUGUGGGGAGCAGAACAUGAUGGUCGUCCAAUACAGGUCGUGCAUAUUCUACAGAGCCUGCAUGGACAUCCCUCGAGGGACGGAGCUCCUCGUCUGGUACAAUGACAGCUACACCUCCUUUUUCGGGAUCCCCCUGCAAUGCAUCGCACAGGAUGAGAACCUAAACGUCCCCGCCACAGUCAUGGAGGCCAUGUCCCGGCAGGAGACGCUGCCGCCGUUCGGCAAGACGGGCAAACCGCCGUCGGCGGUCCUGCCGCGCUCCAUGGUGUUCCCCCACUCGCCCUGCGCCCGGAGCUUCUCCAUGAUGGACAAGCCCGGCCAGACGGAGUCCGGCUACAACCAGAUGAGCGCCAAGAACCAGCGCGUGCUGGCCAGCCCCACCUCCACCAGCCAGCUCAGCACCGAGUUCAGCGACUGGCACCUGUGGAAGUGCGGCCAGUGCUUCAAGACCUUCACCCAGCGCAUCCUGCUCCAGAUGCACGUGUGCACGCAGAACCCCGACAGGCCUUACCAGUGCGGCCACUGCUCCCAGUCCUUCUCCCAGCCGUCAGAGCUGCGAAACCACGUGGUGACGCACUCCAGCGACCGGCCCUUCAAGUGCGGCUACUGCGGGCGCGCCUUCGCCGGGGCCACCACGCUCAACAACCACAUCCGCACGCACACCGGGGAGAAGCCAUUCAAGUAAGUAACAGUGCGAACGGUGCGACCGAAGCUUCACGCAGGCCACCCAGCUCAGCAGACACCAGCGGAUGCCCAACGAGUGCAAGCCCAUCAGCGAGAGCAGCGAAUCAAUCGAGGUGGAUUAGCUGAUUGACUGGGC